AUGGGCGGCAUCGUCGCCGUUGGAGGCACCGUCUUCUACUUCCUUAAGGGCGUCAUCAGCAGUUCCUCCAAGGGCCGCCUCGCCGGAGGCGCCAAGGGGGUCGUCGCCAAUGCGCCCUGCGUGGCUCGCUGGGCGGGCUGGUGCGGCAUCAUGUCGGCCAUCGAGAGCGGCAUGGGAAGCGUCUGCGGUGUCGAGUGUCCAUUGAAUAGCGUGGUCGCCUUUGCUGGCGCCAGUGCUCUCUUCUCCGCGCGCCAGGGGCCACGCGCCGCCGUCCGCUCCGGGCUCAAGGCCGCUGCCUUCGCCGUUGUGUUGGAGACCACCGUCUACGGCCUUGAAAGCAUGCUGAAACUUGAUGGCUCAUGCCGUGACUAA